CACAGCAAGCGAGCGCCCGGCCUGGGAAGGAAGGGGCGUUCUCCCGCGGAAAUUAAGGGAGACUUUCGCCAGGCUUCCCAAGCGACUCGACCCACGACCUAUUGAAAGCAGCAGGCCGCGGCGCUUUCGCCUCUCGGCGCUUACUUUCCGCCCGAACUCCUUGCUCUCCGACGCUUUCAUCCCGAAGCUCCCCGCGGGGCUCCAUGGAUCCACCUGUCGCCAGUAGCUGCAUGAGGAAUCCUCACCCUCCCUCCGCGCUCUGGGGAUGCCUGCGCCGCCCCCACGUCGAGGGCCGAGGACCCGCCGAGCCGCCCCGCUACCCUCAAGCCCCCUUUGCGCUCCACCAGAAACCAGACUUGGGGCUUUACGCGGACUUCUCGGCCUCCUGCCUGGCCACGGCCCCCCAGAGCCUCCCUCGCGCCGAACGCGCUUUCGAGGAACGUGGCGCUUCCUUCCAGCAGCCCGCCUGGCAUUUGGCGGCCUCCGAGAGCAGGCGGAUGCUGUCGGCGGAGUUGGCUUUGGGGUCAGGGGGGCUGGAGGGGGGCAGCCCCAGCGUGGGGGAUACCAGCGAAAAUGACCUCUUGACAGGGACCGUGGCAGGCGACGCUGGGAAUAAAACAGCCCGUCGGAGAAGGGGAAACGAAGAAAGCCAGGACGCAGGCAGUGGAAGCCCCACAGCCACCUCAAAGAAGGCAGCCAACAGCUCCAGAGCACGGAAGGAGCGCACAGCGUUUACCAAGGACCAGCUGCGGGAGCUAGAGGUGGAAUUUGCCCACCACAAUUACCUGACGAGGCUCCGGAGAUACGAGAUCGCGGUGAACCUGGACUUGACAGAAAGACAGGUUAAAGUAUGGUUUCAGAACCGCAGGAUGAAAUGGAAACGUGUGAAAGGCGGACAGCCUGUGUCACCCCAGGACCACAUGGAAGACAUGGACUCUGCUCCUUCCCCAAGUUCAGAAUAGCCCCUUCUCUAAUAAACUGAUCUCUAUCAACCUUGUAGGAAUAUUGGGGAUACCACUAUUAAGUGGGAAUCCCCCCUAAGAUUUAUCUCAUUACUUUGACAUUGGAGGCAGGAAAUAGAGCCAGUGGUGCUUCCCAGGAAGAUGGAUUCCUCUACUCUCUCUCUCUCUCGGAGAAAGUAAGCCACCAAGGAGGAAAAAGGACCAGAACUGUGCAAAGAUAGAUUCCCAGCAAUUCUGUGGUUGAAAUCAAUGACCUUUUUAGCACAAAGAAGCUGAGUUGGAAACUAUGUUCAGUUCAAUCUACUGCCCAGGUUUUCAUUCUUAAAGCAAUGUUGUUGCAACUUUGAAGCAGCAACCCUGCUGUUCGCACAUGUUGUUUGGUUAGCCUCCUGUGGUCUCAUAAAGGAACUCUUACAGAGCUCAUCUCUGGAGAAGGUUUCCACUUGAAAACAAAUGCUUCCUUCAGUCAGUUUGAUAAGCAUACAUGCUGUGCUUUUAAUGGCAAAAUCAAAAAAUGGACAACCUACCUGAGGCAUGAAGGUUUGGGGGAAGAUGGCACGGAUAUAUCAUCUUAUCAUUGAAGUUGUGAAAUUCACUACUCUCACAAUUCAAUCCUCAGAAGAAGCCUCUGUAAACAUUGUUUUUGCUUUGUAUUUGUAGUGAUUAUAGAGGAUGGCCUUGAAGGACAGAGGGAAGAUCUGUUCCCAAGGCAACAAUUAGAUUAAUGGGGCUUGAGCCCAGACCAAGAAAGUGGUUUCUGGAAAUGCCUCAGAAAACCCCCUCCCCCAUUCACAUGAAGAUAAAAGAGGGAGGAAGAGAAGUGCAUUGACACUUGCAAGGCUGAUGUCAGCCCUAUAGGAUAGACCAGACUAAGAAACAGAUGCCAUGUAGAUCUAAAGCUACUUUUAUUAGAACAGCCAUAAUAACAGUCUUGAGGCUAAUUGUGGAUUAGUCAACCAACCCAUGAUUAAACCCUAUUUUUUUACUUAAUUUAUGUCUUUGUGUGUUUUACAUAAUGUUGCUUGCCCCCCAAAUGAAUAGCCUAUAUGAUUUAUGUUCUGUGAGUUUAUGAAUUUGCCUUAUAUAGAGUCAGUAAUUGGUCCAUUAUACUGUAGCAUGCUCCACCCCAGCUGCCCCACAUAAA